UAUAUAUACAUAUAUAAGGAUAUUGCAAUACCAUGUUCAUUCUCCAUUCCUAAGCAUUCCCUAAACCCAACACCACAAUGAUUCUUAAGCUGUCAUCAUUUUUAGUUUUAUUGCUCCAGUGCACAGCUCUCCCUCCCUUAUACAGGGUUAUAGACUGCGAUGACCCACAAACUCAUGAAGCAGCAUUAUUUGCUCUACAACACAUUAAUUGGAAUCAUAAUCACGGAUACAAGUAUGCUUUGAACCGUGUUGAGGAGGCAAAAGCAUAUACUCAGGUGAGUUUAUUGGAUCUUAUAUGUAAGGUUAGAAAACAUAUAAUAGCUGAAGUGAUGAUUUUCAUAUUUCUGCUCUUGAACAUUGCGUGUGAUAAAAAUAAUGUUUCUCGUAACAGUUAUUCAAUUUAUUCAGCUUCUUAUCCUAAAUAGUAUUUAGUAAGGUGAUUUGAAAAAGGCUUACAGGGUUAUUCACUAAAGUGUGAAUUGCUGGGAAUUCAUAGUGAAUUCAAAUUGAAUUUAAACAUUUAGGCCAAAAUAGCUGAAUUGGAAGAAUUCUCCAAAUUAAUGCUGUUUUCAGUUUGUCUAUUUUAGCCUUACAUUUGAGAUUCACUUUGAAAUUGCUUUGAAUUCAAUGCAGCACUCUCAAAAUCUAAAUUUUUUAUGUUUCUGAAAUGUUUUUUUCUCUCUGUUCCAGAACCAGGAUCAUGUAAUAUACAUUCUAGAGCUGGAUCUUCUGGAGACAAAAUGUCCUUCUGUCAGCCCAACUCCGGUAGACCAAUGUAUUGUAAGGCCACGUAAUGAACAGGUAUGCUUUCAAUGUCUUCAAUUACGGUAUGAUCCACACUUAGUAGUAAUAUCAUUAGAUUAUACGUAUUCCAGUUUGUGGUCUAAUAAAAAUCCAAUACAAAAUAAAAAUAAUUUUUGUGUACUUAUAAAUGGAGGCAGCAGCAACUGCAUGAAUAAUUGUGAAAAUUACAUUUUAAAACCUAUUUUGCAACACUGAUUACCAUUUUCAUACACAGGAGUGUAACUUCCAAAAUGUAAAACAGUGAUUUCUAUGAGAAAUAGUGAAAUAAUAGAGACAAGGAAAAUCACAGGAAGUGUAUUCUAAAAGAAUAUAUUUUAAUUAAUGUUUUUAAUUCUGUUUAUCUUGAAACAAAGUGCAGUAUAGUGCAAUUUACUGGACGAAUUGCAUAAAAUAAUAAAAACCGCCCCUCCUUCUAGGUAUGCUAUUUAAGUGUUCUGAAGCUAGCAAUCUAAUCGUCUUAAGGUAGUAGCUUAAUUAAUAAUGCCUCUUAUGCGUUUAAACCAAAAUGGAUUGAAAAAAAAACAUAUAAAGGGAGAAAAAGUAAAUUUUAUUGAAAAACAAUGAGCUUAUAACUUAUUGCUUAUAUCAGCGUUUCCCAAACCAGUCAUCAAGACCCACCAACAGUCCAGGUUUUGUUAGUAUUUCCAUUGGAAUAAAACAGGGAAAUACAUAAAUUCUGUACUGAUGGUGGGCCAUGAAGGCUGGUUUGGGAACCACUGGCUUAUAUCACAUUAACUAAAGUAGUAGCUUAGUUGAUAGCACUUAUUUUGUGCUUAUAGGAAGCUAUAUCUUAAAAUUAUUUUAAUGUGCUUAUCACUGCCACCCAUUGCUGCUUGGGCUAACGCAGAAGUCUGAGUAGCACAGAAAUGCAGGCUGCAAGCUGCUGUGGAAAUUUGCUCAGUGUUAAAUUAUUAAAACAUGGUUUGGAUUGCUGAAAAAUACUGGCACUUACUGAUAGCACCGGGGAACUACAGACACUAUAACCACUUCAGUGAGAAUAAGUGGUUAUAGUGCUUAAUGUACAUCAGAAUUAAACUCCAAACAUUUAUAAAACAUGUAUCAGAAUAGUAGGACUAUCAACAAUCUUUUUUUUUUAGGGAUGCUCCAAGCAUCAUAACUAUAGCAGCAUCUUGGAUAAUAGAAGGACUUUACGGGUGCAGUCCCUUUCGAUUUGUCAAACCGUUUUAAAGCAGAGGCCCACCCUCACAACUUUGUAUGUCAAGACAAUUUUCCCUUCCUCAUAAUGCAUUCACAUUCAAACUAUCUGUAGGUAUAAAGAUUUAGCCUUACCCAGAGAUGCCAUCAUUGGGUACAGCCCAUAAAUAUGUAUAGGGAGUAUUGGGUCCCCGGGCCAGAGCUGCCUUGUAUUGUGAGGUGGGUCCAGAAGACACCCAGCUUCCACCUCCAAAAGGUUCUCAUUCUCUCUGUCAGGUCUCCGCGAGCGGCGGCUCGUGUUGACCGCGCGCCGCUCGCGGCAGCUUCACUUGUACCCUCGCGGCUUCAAAUGCCCAUGCACAGUGAGCGGCAUUGCCACACUUUCGAUUACUGCGAGCGGCGGCUUCCAGUGACCACGCACCACUCGCAGCUGUGUCAGUUUUCCCCAGUAACCUUCUGGACACCGCACGUUCGCAGUCACCUGACUUGGCACGCAGUGGUGACAUCACAGGUCAAAGUGCGAGGUAUAAGUACCUCCCACGUGUGAUAAUUAACUCUGAUUAGAAGUUAGCCCUAAGCAUAUAUAAACUUACCUUUCCCAUGUCUCCUUAGCCCAAUAGCGUGUUAUACUGUGUCUGGAUUAUUUGGUUACCGAACUUUGACUUGUCUUAUGUUUACCCUGUUUUCUCUGUUCCUUGACCUCGACUUGUCUUUUAGUAUUUUGUUUCUCUGUUAUCCUUGGCCUUGGCUUGUACUCUGACUAUUCUAUAUCUUUGCAUAGCCUGGCCAUUCUAAGGACUGGUAUUGCAAUUCUGUGUGUUUGUGACCUGUCUGCGUGUUUAGGCUCCCCUGAUAAUCGUGACUCUAUCUCUCUCUCUCUCAGAUUAUUGCUACAGAUAACCAUGGCAAUGCUCUGAUAAUCAAUGUCUUGGGCUUCUGAGAAGAGAUUGUACAUGGCAUAGGUAGAAACUGUAAUCGCAUUAAUUUAGUUUCAAAUUUUGUGUGUUUUUCUCCGUUCGGUUAAAUAAGGUUUCAGUCUGCCUUCAUUCAUGUACUACGGUUAAUUUUCAUUCGUAUGGGAAGCAUCAAGUUUAAAACUAACUCAUAAAUUAUUUAACCCCUUAAGGACCAAACUUCUGGAAUAAAAGGGAAUCAUGACAUGUCACACAUGUCAUGUGUCCUUAAGUGGUUAAAUAGGUACCGUAUAUACUCGAGUAUAAGCCGAGUUUUUAGGCACAUUUUUUACUUACAUUGCCACAAUACAGACCAGGACCUCCGGGCUCAUUACUAGCCCGGCGUUCCUGUUGGGGGCUGACAGAGAGCUGUUACUUACCUUCCUGUAGCUCCUGUCAGCUCCCUUCUCCUCUGUGCAGCUCCUCUGUCAGCUCCGUUCUGCUUACAGUGUAAGGUCUUUUUUUUUAAAUGUUUUUUGUCCCCCCUCACUGCUUCUUGCCUGGCCAGGGAGGGGGGACACAAACAUAUUUAAAAAAAUAAUAAUGCAAAUAUUAAAAUAAUAAUAAUAUAAUAAAAUAAUGUUUUUAUUUUAAUAUUAUAUUAUUUUAAUAAUAUUAUUUUAUUAUUAUAUUAUUAUUAUUUUAAUAUUAUAUUAUUUUAUUAUUAUUUUAUUAUUAUUUUAAUAUUUGCAUUAUUUUUUUUUAAAUGUUUUUUUGUCCCCCCUCCCUGGCCAGGCAACAAGCAGGGAGGGGGGACAAAAACCAUUAAAAAAAAAUAAUGCAAAUAUUAAAAUAAUAAUAAUAAUAAUAUAAUAAUAAAAUAAUGUUAUUAAAAUAAUAUAAUAUUAAAAUAAUAAUAAUAUAAUAAUAAAAUAAUAUUAUUAAAAUAAUAUAACAUUAAAAUAAAAAAAUAAAAAUGCCCUCCCCUCACCCAGUUUACACACACUGCACAAACACACACACUGCAUUAUAUACACACUGCAUUCAUUAUAUACACACACAACACACAAAUAUACACACUGCAUUCAUUAUAUAUACACACACAAACACACACUCUGCAUUCAUUAUAUACACACACAAACACACACUCUGCAUUCAUUAUGUACACACACAACACACAAACACACACUCUGCAUUCAUUAUAUACACACACACAACACACAAACACACACUCUGCAUUCAUUCUAUACACACACUGUAAAUAAAUAUUAAAUUAAUGUAAUUUUAUUGGGAUCUAAUUUUAUUUAGAAAUUUACCAGAAGCUGCUGCAUUUCCCACCCUAGGCUUAUACUCGAGUCAAUAAGUUUUCCCAGUUUUUUGUGGUAAAAUUAGGGGCCUCGGCUUAUAUUCGGGUCGGCUUAUACUCGAGUAUAUAUGGUAGGUCUCUAGGUUGCUAUCUCCCUAUCCCUUCAUUUUGUCUUCUCUACAGUCAUUUUAUCUGUUAUAACCAGAACUAUUAAAAAUACAAGUUCCAGUUUGUUUCCCUCUAUAAAUAGUUUCAAGUUAAUACGCUUUCCAAGAACAAGUCCGAGCUCUCCCAAGUCAACAUAAAUAGCUAAAGUUGGUUAGUAUUUAGUUUCUUUUUCUCAUUUAUCAUACUCGUCAUUGCUCUACAACUACUUCGGGGGUAUAAGGCUAUAACUCAUUCAUUAUGACAUGUUUUAGGAACAAGUGGGGGUAAUCUUACCAAAUACGACCUAUCAGUCCAUUAGCAGGUAUGUGUAAAAAAAAUUAAUAAAAAAAAAACCCAGAUAGGAAGUAACCUUUUAUAAAAGUCCUCGCCAAUUAGGAAUAAUUUCUUCAUAGGCCUCUUUGCCUUAACUUGAGCGGUCCCGCAAGGCCAACUCCCAUCCUCACGCUCGGAGGUACAAGCCCAACGGCCCAACUCAUUGUGUCAUAGUUAGGGCCUCACCUCUCACAGCCAAUCUAUCAUAAAUAUCAUAAAUGUCACGAAAGGCCAACACCCCGCUGCUUACGUCAGUGGCACCAAAAGCCCCCACGAGCCAAAUCAUAGGUAGAGCAUCUCAAAGCCACUUGGCAAGUAAUGAGGGCGUCGCCUGUCACCUAAAUUAGUUAGAAUAAUAUAAUUUUGCCAUUGGGCAUUAAAUCUUGGGAGCUGGGUUACUUCAUACCUAUCAAGAUAUCAUAUUAACCAAGUCAUCUACCUCACACCCAUAGCAUGUCUAACACUUCAAUACAACGAGAUGACCUGUCGCUUACCAGCACCCUGACCAGACCUAAUUCCCAGACGAGGCAAACCGUUGUAGCCAGCCCAGCUACAGAUCCUGGACAAUACCAAAAAUUACAGCCGAACAUAAAAGGAAGAACAUUCCCUUUCCUGCCACAGCCAGGGAAGCCGAACUAUUUCACCUGUUAAACACGUAUGAUGAUAAUGAAAGGCCUGGCCCUAGUUCUGACUGUAAUAUACAAAACAGUUUGUCAGAACUACAUAACAUGAUCUCCUCUCAAGUGACUUCCGUAGCCACCAUUAACAACUGAUUGAAUAAUCUGGAAUCCAAUAACAAACCAAUCAUCCCAGAUGUUCAAAUUCCCGUAGCUCAGCCAAAACCAAACUCAGGAGGUAGCUCUAACCCUCUACCCGCUAAAAGUUCUAAUAUCAUUAAUACAGUACAUCUCAUUCCACAAAACCUUAAACGUGACAUAUUAGAAGGCAAAGAUAUUAAUCUGGCUUCUCUCCUCAUAGCAUCACAAGAUAUAAUUGAAAACAGGUCAUACAUGUUUGAUGAUUUAUCCGUGAUAAUGAAGUCUAGAGACCCUAGACUUAGCUCCUAGCCUUUGGAUUAUAUAGGGACGUUAUUUGUUCUGCUUUUCCCCACUGUAGAGAGGAAUUAGAUUUAUACUUACACAAGCUGGUAGACUUAGCUUAUAAAUACGGAGGCUACGCAUUGUACGAUUACCAUAAGUCCUUCUCAGCAAGAUCUGCUGCGUCGCUGGCCCGGUUCAAUAUGCCUAUAAUUCACCGUUAAAACAUUUGUAAUGUUGCAAUGCUAAAUUAGAGUCCCCAUGCCUCCUGUUCUGCUUGGGCUAAUGAGGGAGCAUUAGCUUGAGCAGCAAUGAGCAACUGUGAUUGUCAGAGGGUGUCAGAUGAUCAAAUCCAACAUGCCACAGGGUCCAUUUCUGGUAUGAAAUGGUAUUACCUGACGGAAGACUCAAAUCUAUGGUUGUAGUGCCUACAGUGUCCCUUUAAAUUUCUGCAUAAUAAUACAAAUAAUGGAUUCAGUUUAAUAUUUUUGAUAAGCUUUUCAAAUGAUUUAAUAUUUUUGGAUAGCAUUUAAAUUGAUUCUUGCAAAUAUUAAAAUACUAAUAUCAAUAUUAAAUAUAUCAACAAAUAUCUUUCAAAAUUUUAAUAAUUUUAAAAGUUUAUCCUAAAAUAUUAAAUCAUUUGAAAAGACUAUCCAAAAAUAUUAAAUUGAGACCAAUAUCAAGGUUAUUUACUAAAAUGAGAAUUGUUAGGAACUCAAUAUGAAUUUGAAGUGAACUUCAAAUUCUAGUCCAAAAUAGGUAAAUUGGAAAAACAAAUCUAAACCAGCCAUGCUUGCAGUACAAUGAUUUUUAUCUAAAAUUUGAAACUCCCCUUGCAUUCUUUUUGAAUUCCAGGUAAUUAUCACAUUAGUAAAUAAUCCUGUAUGUUCCUGAAGUGAAAGCUUACUGUGAGAAUAAACCAAUAAUUCCUUUCCAUACUCCACCCAUAGCACCCAUAUCACCAUUUCUAUACUUUUGUGUCUUUAACCUCUAUGUCUCCAACCCACAUGACCCCCAUGCCUCUUUCAUUUUCUAUCACCUUGUAUCAGCAUCAAUCGUACUUCAGUAGCAUGGCCAUGUGCCAUUCUGGUGGCAAUAUGGCUGCACUAUUUCCUUUGAGGGCCUGUUUGUAGGCCAGCUGGGGGCUGUUUCUGAGGUCCACAACAAGCCUAUAACUGCACAGAUAAGACUUAACCUCUGACUUUUACUUGAAGGGUCUGUUAAUGAGGGAAACAACACAUUUUAACACAUGUGGAAUCACAAACCAUAGCUUCAGCCCCACCAAUCAAUUUGUAUGGCAUGCAUUAAAUUAGUUUAGGCCCAAUGUAUUGUGUAGCGCCAUAAGAAAACAGGGAAGGUAAGCAAUGGGACCAAUGGAGAUUAUAUAUAAAAAAAACAAAAAAAACAGUUCUGGUAAAAAGUUCUACUUUUGAAAGUGUACUUAAUUUGAAAUUAACACAAAAGGGCAAGGGAUACUCAAUUUAAUUGUUCCAUUUCUUAGGCCCAUGCUCCAAAAUUACCGUUUUAUAGGUAAUGUCAUAAUUAUUUUAUUUACAUACCAUCCAUGUAUCAGUUAUAAACAAUGCAACAUUUAUUGUUAUUCCAGGCUGUGGAAGGAGACUGUGAUGUUAAAAUUCAGAAGCUGCAUGGCAAUUAUACUGUACUUGGGGUGAGGUGCAAAUCCGAAUUAGGUAAAUGUUUUCUUUCAUGUUAACUGACAUAAUACGGAUCUUAUAAAAAAUAACUUGAAUGUCUUUUAUUAUUAUAAUUAACUAAAAUGUAUGUAGAUAGUAAAAAGAAAACGAGUUCAUAGUUUCUGUCGUGGGAAGAGUGGCAACAGGACGAUAAAAGCCUCACUGUACCAUCCAAAGAUGUUGACCCAUCUGGCGAACUGCCAAUUCCUCCACCCAUUCUCUCCCACAACAGCUGUUAUUUAUUAAGUAAUAAUGAGUUUUUAAAUCGUUACACAUGGGUGUUGGAUAUAAAAUAAGACAGGAGACCUUAGUACAUUGCAGAGAUCCCUUUGAGAAAGGCAUUGAGCUGAAGCGUUGGGGGUAAUUGCGGUCCCUAGCCACAGGUCAGUACACCUUUUUGGUCUCUAUGUGGGUUUUCAAAUACAUAUGUUUACAUGAACUUUAACUUUUUUGUAAUACUUGGUUUACAGUUUAUGCAUCUAUGUAUAUCUUUAUAUAGUCUAUAUUACCACAUGCAAUUUAUUUAAGUCUCUUUUUGACUAAAGUAAAUUUAAUACAAUCUAUCACACUGAGCUUUCUCUCCUUCACGGAGCACCUCUAUAGACAUCUAGGGUUCUUCUGCCCUCAGUUUUACUUGACUAGUUAUACUAUUAGCAAUGAUUAAAUCCCUACUGUCCCAUUUAAACACCAUACAAUGCAUGGCAGAAGAGAUUAAUACACAUUAAUGACAGGUAAACAGGGUUUCAAUCCACAACAGUCUGUACAUACAGCAACAAAUCAAAGAUGAUAGCUCCACGCUGGUUCUAGAUCCUGCUGCUAGAUAUGGUAUAGCGGAAUUCAACACUUCCCCUUUGUGUUCAGCAAACUCAGGGUCAACUGCUUGAGUCCUCAAGGUGUCUCUCUCAUUCUAAAGGUAUGCUAAAAUAACUAUUUCCCAGAGCUUCCUCCUGUUCAAAUUUUAUGUGAUCUAGUCACUCAGUGGAUAGUGACAGGAAUGAGAUAAACCAUAGGAUUUAAGGAGUUUAUGGGUCUAUAAAUUGGAAAUGCUAUAAGCAGAGCUGUGGAAACAGUAUUAAUUCUACUAGCAUGUUUUGUAGGUUAUGUACAGUGUCACGCUACUAUCCUGCGGGAAUCUCUCCACUAGGGCUACCUCCUUUUUUAAUUUUACAUGAUCUGGACACUCUGGGGGCUAGCUACAGCAAAAAGAAAGUUUAAACUUAUCUCCUACUUACACAUGCAGACCUCUAAUGUAUCCAAAUCCCCCAGCAGAGAAUAGGGGCAUUGCUGGGUUCCAGAAAUACCUGGGGCUUAAACCCACAGGAAACUUUGAUAACUCAUACACUAACAGUGACAUAUUACCACCUUUCUAGAUUAUGUCACCAUCUUUGUACCCAUGAACAGCAUGCUCAUGAUGAACUUUGAAGAAAACAUAGCUUGAAACAAGCACAUGCUGCACAGGCAGAUAUUCAAUGCCAUCCUGACACACUUUUGACCUAAUAGAUUAUUAUUAUUUUUUUUAAACACCUAAUAUAGGCAAAAAUAAUGGGGGUUUAGUUACAUUAUAUGAUCAUACAUUGCAUAAGUCUGCCACAAUAUAUAUAUAUAUAUAUAUAUAUAUAUACAGGGCUGGACUGCACAGGAAAUUUUCUGGUGGGCCGGCAUAGUAUCUGGGCGGUGCGUGGCUGUCUAGUGCGCACUGGCUGGCAGUCCCCACAUAGCAAUUACAGGGUAACCAACAUGAGGGACACAUGGGUGCUGGGGGGCUAUAGGGACACAUGAAGGGCUGGGGGGUAUACGGACAAAUGGAGGGCUGGGAGGGUGGCUAUAGGGACACAUGAAGGGCUAGGGAGGUAUAGGGACACAUGAAGGGCUAGGGGGUAUAGGGAUACAUGAAGGGCUGGGAGGGAAUAGGGACACAUGGAGGGCUGGGAGGGGGCUAUAGAGACACAUGGAGGGCAGGGAGUGAGGGCUAAUAGGACACAUGGAGGGCUGGGUGGCUAAUGGGACACAUGGGGGUGCCACUGAGACAGAUGGGAGACACAUACAGGGCUGGGAGGAGACUAAUGAGACACAUAGAGGGCUGGGAGGAGGUAUAGGACACAUGGGGGGUCUAAUGGGGCACAUGGAGGGGCUAGUAAGACACAUGGAGGGGGUUAUGAGACACAUACAGGGCUGGGAAGGGGCUACUUGGACAAACUGGGGGGGGCAAAUGAAACACAUGGAGGACUGGGGGAGCAAAUAAGACACAUGGAGGACUCAGGGGGCUAAUGAGACACAUGGAGGGCUGGGGGGCUAAUGAGACACAUGGGGAGGGGGACUGAGGGGGAUAAUGAGACACAUUAAGGUCUGGGAGGGGGGCUAUUGGCAUACUUGGAGGGCUGUGAGGGGGGCUAUAGGGACUUAUAGAGGGGCUGUGGGAGCUAAUAAGACACAUAGAGGUCUGGGGGUAAUGAGACACAUGGAGGUCUGGGGGAUGGAUUAAGACACAUUGAUGGUUGGGGGAUGGAUUGAGAAACAUGGAGGGAUGGGGGGCUAAUGAGACACAUGUAAGGCUAGAGGGAUGGAAUGAGACACAUGGAAGACUGGAGGGGGUGGAAUGAGACAGAUGAAGGGUUGGGUGGGGGUAAUGAGACACAUGGAAGGCUGGGAGUGGGGAAAAUAGAGACAUAUGGGGGGCUAAUGAGACACAUGGAGGGCUGUAGGUCUAAUAAGGCACAUGGAGGGGCUGAGGGAGCUAAUGAGACACAAGGAGGGCUAGAGGGUAAUGAGACACAUGGAAGAUUGGAGAGGGUGGAAUGAGACACAUGGAAGACUGGAGAGGGUGGAAUGAGACACAUCGAGGGCUAGGGGGUAAUGAGAUAUAUGGAGUGGUUGGGGAGUAAAAAAAAGGAAAGGCUGGGGAGAAAAAAGACACAGAGAGGUGUGGGGAGAAAGGGGAACAGAAGGCACAGAGAGGAGCUGAGGAAGACGAACAAGAAACACACAUAGGGGUUGAGGAAGGGAGAAUGAGACACACAGAGGAGCUGUGAGGAAAGGGGGACACAGAGGUGCUUGGGGCCUGGGAAAGAGACUCACAGAAGAGCUAUGGAUGGGGAGAAAGAGACAAAGGGGCUUGGGGGAGAAAGACACAUAAAAAAGGCAUCUUCACUUGUGUCUCCUGCUCUCCCUGUAACUCAGAGUCGAUCAGUCGACUUUGUAUUAAAGGGACACUGUAGUCACCAGAACUACUACAGUUUAAUGUAGUGGUUCUGUUAUCUGUAGCCUGUCCCCGUAGGCUAAGCACUAUAAAUUCUACCUUUUCAGAGAAAGUUAACAUUUACGCAGACAGCCACUAGAGCUGCUUCCUAGUCCAGUGGUGCACAGUGUGCAGCACCUAUGUUGAGCAUUUCCACACUCUGCAUGGAGGUGCUGAAUGCUCCCUGUAGAGAUGCAUCGAUGCAAUGCAUCUCUAUGAGGAGAUGCUGAUUGGUGCGGUGAAAUGCAGCAUUUUGCCACACAUGCGCAAUAGCCCCUCAAUGCUUUCCUAUGGGAAUUGAAUUGGUGUUGACUGAGAUCAUCCAGUUGUCAGCCAAAGUGAAGAGAACACUCUUAUUACUUCAAAAUAAACAAGAUAACUUCAUUUUUUUCAUUACAAUUUCUCAAUUUUAGUCCAAUUAUGAAACUUUCCUUAAUAUGUCAAGGUAGUUGGAUUGAAACAUUGAUUAUUUGCAAAUGCUCACCUACAACAAAUUCACUCUUUUGUUUAUUUUGAAGCGCCAUGAGUGCUUUCUUUCACGUUUGAGUGAUAGUUUUCAGUUUUAAGAUUUUUUUUCCCGCUUCCAUAUCUGCACACCACGCUGGCUCGAUGCAUUAUGGGGCUGGUAUAGAAUUUUUUCCAGGGCUGCUUUUUAUUCCCAGUCUGGCCCUAUAUAUAUAUAUGUAUAUAUAUAUAUAUAUAUAUAUAUAUAUAUAUAUAUAUAUAUAUAUAUGUAUGUAUAUAUAUAUAUAUAUAUAUAUAUAUACUUGCUCUGGAUCCCCUUCACCACCUGUAAAGAUUUUUGGGUAAAGCCCCAAAAGCUCCCACUCCCCAGCAACACCUAUGAUAGAGGAGAUGUAACCUGCUAAGACUAAAUAGUUUUGUGUCAUCUGCAAACAUUGGCACAUGGAUUUCUAUGCCUCAUGCAAGAUCAAAGCUCUAGAGUAGAUAUAGGAAAAUAAAAGAUCUCAUUUGGCAGACAGAAGACCCUGUUUAGCUGACAGAAUGAGUAUGUUUCAUGGAUCAUUUUAGCUUACAAUAGAAAAAAACAACAACUUUGUUCUAUGUAAGAAAUUUUGCUUUAUAUCUGUCUUGCAUGAUGACAAUUGUGUUGAAUUACACUUUCCCAUUGUGUUUAUCAUGGUAACUUCAAAAUCAUUCUCUCAAACACAUGGAAAUGGCGAGUCUGUAUAAUGGCCAAGUAUCUUUAAAACAUGUUUGUAUUGUAAUAGGUAUUCUUGGUUUGCACAGUGGUUUGAGAUGGAUCCAUUAUUCCUUAAAUAGUGUUCAAUAAAUAGACUAUAGUUUUGUACAUUUUGUACUUUUGUACAUAUACUUGAUUUCAUAUGUCACAGUGACCAAACACUUAGAAUUUUCUGAUGUUUCUGAUAAGAAAAGAGAACUGAGUACUUGUUAUUUAAAAAAAAAAAUGACAUUGGUAACACUGUGUGGUACUAAAAAUGGUGACACUUGGUGGUAUCUUGGUGGUACUAAAAAUGAAGAAAUGAUAGAAUGGAGAAGAUUGACCAAUGUCUUUGUCUAGUAUGUCUGCUAGCAAUAACUGCAAACUCUUUUAAGAGAUAAAACAGAACUUUCAAUCAUUUUUAUCCCAUUGUCUGCUGAACUAUUUUCUAGGUGUUUCAUUCUCUGUGACCUACUCAACAUAAAUUUAAUAAUUUUGCUAAUUUAUCUCAAGAUCUGCUGAUUCAUUUUUACCUAAACCCCAGAAUUUAGAAUGAUGCUGCAAAACCAUCUCAAGCAACAUUAUCUCCAUCUAGAUCUUUUCUUUUUUUUUUAGAUUCAGCAGAAAAUGUAUUUCCCGCCUGUCCUUUAUGUCACUUCCUGGCUCCUUUGAAUGACACAAAUGUUAUCCAUGCUGUUGAUGUGUCCCUUGUAAAUUUCAAUGCUGGAAAUAACACUGUGUUCUACCACCUACAUGAAAUUGGUCGGGGGCAAUUCCAGGUAAAUUUUAAAAUGUUCUUUAAUUAUAAGGGAAAAGAGUACCAAAAGUUACAGUCGGAAUAAAAUAGCCAAAUUCCUGUGAAUCAUCAUUCCUAAAGGCAAGUAAAAGUUAAUGUGGCAGGGAUAGGGAUUCAAGCAAGUAUUCAGACACAUUUUACUCAUGUCUAAUGUCAACAAGAGUAACAAGCCAUAACAAGUCGUCAGUGACCAUUGACGACUACAUGCUUCACGCUGAAAGAUGGAAGUUUAUUCUGUUACUAUCUUUUUCCACAUUUUGUGUAACUCUUGUUACAAAAAAAACCCCCAAAAAAGGAGGACUCAGGGACAUGGUUACUCGCAUAAUUCCUCAUCAUCCUAUCUAAUAUGUAUACAAUGUAACUCAUACAUACAACUAUACUAAAAUACUGGUAACAGCCAUGAAAAAAAUAGAAAAUUAUGUUUCUAUCCAAACAUUUAAGGUACACUUGGAACGUAAUGUUAUUUAUCUAGGUUUGAUAAGAAUAUUUAAACUGGUCAUUUUCAUAAAAUGAUAGUGGUUGUGGUGUUUCAUUUUCCUUUUACAAUAACAUGUAGUGGUUAUAGUGCAUAGAGUGUCACUGUAAUUGAAAUCAGCACAACCACAAAACAUAUUUAUAAUAUCCAGCUGGAUAACUGAGUGGGGACCCACCGAAGGGCAGGCUAAUUGAGCUGUUGUCCGUUUUCUGAGCACUCUUUAGCAACUUGUUUUUUGCUCUCCUUAGAUUUAUCAUAUCGCCUCCACAUGUAGACUAAACUUACAUUCCUUAGUCCCCAUAGAUACAUUAAUUUUAUGGGCUGUUAUUACACUUUGUUCUGUCAGUAAUAUUAUAGCAGUUUCGUUUUAAUUUAUUUUACAGGAUGCAAACAGUGUGCGUGUUGAAUUUGUUAUCGUAGCAUCUAACUGUUCCAUAGAAGAAGCAAAUUCAGGUCUGAGUGCAUGUGUGGCGAAUACUGGAGCUGAUGCUGUAAGUACCUUUUUAUAUUUAACGGUACAUUAUAUGCUACUGAUUAGAUUAAUUAUCUUGGAUGCAAGAAUAAUAUUUAAUGUCCUAUAAUGAAAUAACAUCUUCAACGAGAUGAAGAGGUUUUGGUGCUUAGAGUAUUCCUUUAACAUUUCUUGUACUUGUCAUCAAUUUAGGGGAGUUUGUUGUGUUCUUUCUGCUCAUGCGCUAGCUUUAAAAGAUACCAAGAUAUUUUCAAACCCUCCACGAUUCCUUGGACUAUGUGACAUGGGCGUCCGCAGGAAUUUUUCCAGGGGGGAGGAAUUGUAAUGAAAUCCAUGCUUAGUCCCUUUUUGACAGUGUAGUCAUUAUCACAUAAAGCGAGGGUGAAUAGCGUUUUCACAACUAUGGUGUCAGGAAUACAUGUUUGUAUUUCUGACACUAUUGUGUUCCUUUAAGCAAAUUAAAGGACCAUUCUGGUCACCAUAACAACUUCAUCUAAAUGAAAAUGUUAUGAUGCCAGGAAGCCCCUGGGUGCUUUUUUUUCCAUUAAGGGGUUAAACCGCUCUAAAAUGGUUUAACCCCAAAGGCUUCCUCCAGCUCCAGCUCCAGGUCGCUCAGUGGUAUUUGGCUUCUGAAACGGAGUGUCAGGAAGUGCAGAUUAACAUCAGUCAUGGGUGCUGCAGAUUGGCUAGAGUGGUCAGUUGACGCUCUAAGCCAAUCGCUAGUUCCCGGUUCAUAAAAAUGUUUUACUUUUUUAUGAAUGGGGAGCUACUGAUUGGCUCAGUGUGCCAGCUGACCGCUCUAGCCAAUCAGCGACACCCCUACCCAGCGGCACACUGUGCUUCCUGACACUCAGUAAAUAAAAGUGAACACAUUAACACUGAUAUUUUUUUUUACCUGGGGAGAUGAGAAGGUCAAAAGUUUCCCUGCCAGGCCCAGGUACCAAAGCCUUAUUAUGUGGUGUUCAGAAUAAAGUGGAGGGUUCACUUCACUUCUCCUUCCUGCUCCAAUCUCUCUUUCUUCUCUUUCAUUUGAUACAGUCUUCUUUUUCUUCUGACACUGUCUUCUCUCCUCCUUUGCUCCUUCUUCUCCUUUACCUUUCUGCUACUUUCUGCUUAUUUUGCACCCUUCUGCUCCUUUCUCUUUCUGAUCCCUUUCUGCUCCUUCUCCUUCUUCACCUUUGUGCUCCUUCUGAUUCUUUCUGCUCCUUUACCUUUGUGCCCCUUCUGUCCCUUUCUGCUCUUUGCAGACCCUUCCUUCUCCUUGCAGACCCUUCCUGCUCCUUGCUGCCCCUUCAUGCUCCCUGCAGACCCUUUCUGCUUCUUGAUGUCUCUUCCUGCUAAUUUCUGCUUCUUUUCCUACUUUACCUUUGUGCUCCUUCUGUCCCUUCCUGCUCCUUGCUGCCCUUUCCAACUCCUUGCUGACCCUUUCUGCUCCUUCUACUUUACCUUUGUGCUGCUUACCUUCCAGUUCCUUCCUGACCCUUCCUGUAGGCUGUCUCCCCCCAUCCCUCACUUACCUGAUCUAUAUACUGCCUUCCCCAUCCCUCACUUACCUGAUCUAUAGGCUGUCUCCCCCCCAUCCCUCAGUUACCUGAUCUGUAGGUGGAUCCCCCCCAUCUCUUACUAACCUUAUCUAUAGGCUGUCUCCCCCCAUCCCUCACUUACCUGAUCUAUAGGCUGCCCCCAUGCCUCACUUCCCUGAUCUAUAGGCUGCCCCCAUGCCUCACUUACCUGAUCUGUAGGUGGAUUCCCCAUCUCAACUUACCUGAUAUAUAGGCUGCCCCAUGCCUCACUUCCCUGAUCUAUAGGCUGCUGCCCCACAUGCCUCACUUCCCUGAUCUAUAGGCUGCCCCAUGCCUCAAUAAGGCUGUCCCCCAUGCCUCACUUCCCUGAUCUAUAGGCUGUCCCCCAUGCCUCACUUCCCUGAUCUAUAGGCUGCCCCGCCCAUGCCUCACUUCCCUGAUAUAUAGGCUGCCCCCAAGCCUCAUUUCCCUGAUCUAUAGGCUGUCCCCAUGCCUCACUUCCCUGAUCUAUAGGCUGCCCCCCAUGCCUCACUUCCCUGAUCUAUAGGCUGCCCCCCCAUCCCUCACCUACCUGAUCUGUAGGCUGUCUCUGGCUGCAAGUGCUGCUCCCCUGUGGAUUCAGUCAGGAGAGAGAAGCAGGGACAAGAUGUAGCUUCCUAUCCCUGUCUCUUUCCAGUAUUGCACUCUAGUUUUAAUCGCACAUGAAAAAUAGUAGAUCUAUCUGAAAAAUCUGGGGGGGGGGGGCAGUGCCCCCCCUUACACUUCCCUCUUGGACGCCCAUGCUCUGUGACACUGUACUGUCCAUCCUAUUUUUCUGAAUGCUCAUUUAGUAUCUUUAUUACUGGUGCCACCUCCUUUUUACCAACCGUCUCAGUUGGCAUUCCUCAAGGCUCUGUUCUUUGUCCUCUUGUAUUCUCCAUUUACACUGCUUCUCUUGGUAACCUUAUAAACUGUUUUGGAUUUCCAUACCAUCGAUAUACUGAUGAUACUCAGAUUUACUUCUCUUCCCUUAAACUUUUUCCAGCACUCCUGGAACAUGUUACAAACGGCUUCUUUUCCAACUUUAAUGGGAUGUCUUACCAUUUCCUAAACCGUAAUAUUUCCAAAUAUGAACUCGUGUUUUUCUCUUAAAUAAUCCACCUCAUUCUUUCUCCCUGUACAUCAGUAGGACACCUAUUAUGCCAACCCCUCAAGGUUGGUUCCUUGGAGUUAAUCUUGACUCAGGCCCUACCUGUUUUUUAACAUCCAGUCUGUCUCCUGUAACUUCUACCUAAAAACAGUGCCUGCAUUCACCUUUUUUAAAUUAAGAUAUAACUAAGGCACUUGUUCAUGCAUUCAUCAUUUCCUGACUAUUGCAACUCACUACUCAUCGACCAUUCAAGUACCCACAUUGACACUAUUCAGACUAAAAUGAAUGCUGCCACCAGACUCAUCUUCCUGAAUGAACCCCUUUGCCAAAAGAUAAAUUGGCUUCCUGUUCCCUUUGGGAUGCAAUUCAAAUUACUAACACUAGUAAUUUGAAUUGGAACCCAAAUGGUACAGGAAGCCAAUAUAAGCUCUUGAUAUUUCCAGUCCUUAAUACAAUUACUUUUUACUCGGGCAAUGGGGGCACAACACACCGCGUUGCCAUAUCAACUCCGUUCUUUAGGCCGCCUGGCCGAAAGCUCCAAGUGGCAGCCCAGCCUGAAUAGAUAUUGCUUACCUUCGGUCCCACGAACGGCUUCCUCUGCUGAUUCGUAGGACGAACUGAAGCCCCUAUAAAUAAAAUAUUAUGUCAUGACAUCAUGACCUUAAAAGGACCACGUCAUCUAGACGGCCCAAUGGUGUUUGGGGUCACAGUGAUGAUGUGGACCAAUGGGUCCUUUUGAGCCUAUUUAAGGCUUGUUUUAGCCUAUUUUCAUUGCCCUAUUCUGUAUAGAUUGUCACUUUGUGGUAUCCUGACCAAGCUUUGUAUUGGUUUGUGAUUUAUGUAAUCCUGACCUUGAUUUAUCUCGAUCCUGUCUCUUGCUGUAUUAAUACGUUAGGUCCGGCCAGUCUAACUCUCGGUAAUACAUCUUUCGGAUCCAACUUUUGUGGUUUUCCACUUCCCUGUGUGUUGUGGUAAGACUCCAGUGACAUAUACCUCUUCUUAUUCCCUCUUCUCUGCAAGUGACUUUGUACUGCUCAUUCCUUCACUGCCAACCUUUUCAAGGGCUGCCUCAUUUCCCUGGAAAUCCUUACCUCAUGCCAUCAGACUCUCCUUUAGCCUCCAUUUAUUUGAGAUGUCACCGAAAACAAAUCUCUUUAGGAUAGCCUACUUUUGUCCUGUGAGAUGCCUCUCUCAUUAUAUUUACCUUCCUCAGUUUCCUUGCUUACAUAGUCCAGUACACUCUCUCUCUUGCCACUGUUCUUUCACACACCACUUUUACUAACGGAUUUUGACACAGGCAUCUUAUCCAUCAACCACUACACCCUUUGACAAGCAACCUUCGGUACUCCAGAUGUUUUGGACUACACCUCCCAUGAUGCUUUGCCAGCAUUAUAGGUGUAAGAGCAUUAUGGGGGAUGUAGUCCACAACAUCUGGAGUGCCAAACGUUGCCCAUACCUGCUAUGACAUGCUGUCCUUCCUCUUGCAUGCAUCUUUACCCUUUCCUCAUAGAUUGUAAGCUGAUUUGAGCAGGGUUUUCUUCAUCUCCAUCUCGUCUGUGUUUUGUUCUUUAUGCUAAUUACUUGUUGUCAAAUAUCCCCAUCUAUGAUAGCAAAGCACUGUGGAAUAAAUUGGUACUAUCUAAAUGCUAAUAAUAAUAAAAAUAACAAUUUGGGUUGAUAAAAACAAUGAAUCCCUAGUGCCCAAAGUCCUCAUAUUUAUCUUGUGAUGUAAUAAGGUAAAAUUCAAUUAUCUUUUCAAAUACUUCCAAAUCGUAGGGGUACAUUGCAUGAUUAUGAACUCUAGCUUUUGUUUUGAUAUGCAGAUACUUGAAAAAGGUAAAAAAAAAUAAGACAAAACAAGACCACACCCUCCAAAAAUGAGGAACAUUGAACCAUAAGUGGUAAUGAUGACUGAAGUGCCUCUUUAAAAAAAAAAAAAAAUUACAUGAAAAAAUUGCACUGCAAAACAAAAUGUUAUCCAUAUAUAUUCGUUUAUGUCUACAAAGUAUACUAUUAGCAGUUAUAAUUGGCUUCAAAUAACAUAUAUGAGGAAGAAUCUCUAAUUUAUUUAUGUUUUGUUACAGCAAUAUGGUGGGUGCGUUAGUACAGUUGUCACAAAUCCUGCUCUACAGGAGGAGACUGUCAAUGUGCAGUGCAACAUCUAUGGACCACAGGUAGGAUCAGCACACACCACUGAUGUCUGCGGGCGCUAAAUAGAGCAGUAACUGCUGGCUGUCUGGAAUCCAUAGAUAAUGGUGCAGGUUGUUUUCCUGUUCCCCUAACUCUAGACAUGAGGGAUGGCUUAGUUGCAUGGAGCUUUUCUAUUCUGUCUUUCUGAGUUGAGUAACGAGAGGGAGAGAGAUUAAAAUUAUCACUUGAUUGUGUGGGUGUGUGUCCAUGGAUAUGUAUAUGCAUGUUUAUUUCUCCAUGUUUGUGUGGUAGUGUGUCAAUGGAUAUGCAUUUGUGUGUGCCUUCCACAUCAGUACUAGUGCAUGUUUACAUGAUUGUUAUUGUGUCUUCAUACUAUAAAUGUAUUCACGUUCUUUUUGUUUAUUAUGCUUUCCACACCCACUUGAAGGGGACACUGAGCUAACCAAUCACUGCCCUAUCCCUAGGAAUACUAGAAAAGUGCAUUAAGCAUUCCUGACAGACUUAGACAUGUGCAGCUGGAAAAUCUCUUUACCUUGUAACAAAGUGAUGCAUGUCCUUUUAUGUAUUUUGAGAGGAUUCAUGUGCAUAUCAAUAAAGCUUUAGUACUUGUAUUUUUUGUCUAACAAAAUGUCAUAGGUAAUAAAGUGAAGACAACUCAAGCUAACACAACCCUAUAACAAAAAUAUACACUACACUAUCUUUAGCUACAAAUGAGGAAACUAUAACAUGAAUGUAGACAUUCCUUCUAUAUAUCAGCCAUCUUACCUGCCCAAGUAAAUACUAUUUGUAAGGUAAAUUGUCCAGGGCAGGGUCCUAUUAUACUAAUGUGUGCAUAUGUUAUGCUCUCUAUAGUAAUUUCUAUAUAUUGACUUUACCUACCAUAAAUGCACUUUUGGAGCUGUUUAAAUAACAUAACACAUGUAACAUAUACAUCCAUAAGGCUGGCCCAAGACAUUGAUGCUUGGAACCAAGGGCAAAAGGUGUGCCUCCAGCAUCACUUACUAAACCCCACCUUCUGAAGGUACACCUACACUUACCCAAAAAAUUACCAAUACUUUUACAUAUACAUAGACACAAGCUAGCAUUCAUACUCUGAAUCACAGUAACACACACAUAUAUAGACACACACUCACAUAUAUAGCCAAACACUCACAGCCAUAUUUUGUAAUUGUAUUUGUAUUACGUGUGCCUCCACUCUCUCCUGCUGCUUACCCUUGUUUCAUUGAGAAGGAAGAGUUAUGUCUGCUGUUCAUGAUUUUGAAUGUUAGAGAAGCAGUAUCUGUUCACUGGGCAACAUUCCUUCUUGCCCUCAUUUACAUGGUGUCCAUUAAAUGAGUAAUGGAUGCCAGGAUAUCGCCUCACAUCCCAACACCCUCUGCCCAAUUUAAUGUUAAUAUGCAGCUGACAGACGGUAACUUCUUACUGCAGUUUCUGAAUGCUGGACAGACAGCACUUAACAUUUUGUCUUGCACUUAAAAAUUCCAGUGCUCAUCCCAACAAAUUGCCUCCUGUCUUCCUCAGCAAUAUAACCAGAGCUGCCUUGUCAAUUCCCAUCAAUGAAUUACACCUAUCAAAAAGCAUAGGGCAAUCUUCCAGGAUGGGGCAUGCAUUGAACAAUGAGUGGCAUGUGUAUGGAACCAUAAAGCAAUGUGCCACCACCAUCCCAAAGUGUUGUUUAGUCUGUUGGACCAACCUUGAAUCCAUCUUUAGAUUUUAGCUGAAUUAUUCCACCAUCUGCUGUCUUAAAUAUGAAUUACAAGCUCUGUCAAUGUUACUGAUACGUUUGAAUUUGCAUGGUCAUAUUAAUUGUUUGCAAUUUUGUGUUUUUAGCCUGCACAAGAUCAACAAGCAACAGUACAAGAUGUGCCUGUGGUACCACAGCAACCGAAAGUGCAUGGGCAUUAUCACCAUAGCCUCUAUCAUUCAAGUUUGUGGCCACACUCAUCUGAAUCAAGCUCUGCAGAGCAUCACCAGAAAGCUAUUGGCAAGCCCGUGGUCAGAAGGUCACUGACUGGUGAGCCUGUACCCCCAAAUACACUGCAAAGACCACUAUGUCCUGGGAGAAAACUUUUCUUUUAAAUCGGCUACUGCUUGAAAAAAAUUAAAUGCAAACCAGUGAAUAAGUAAGACACAAUUAGUUGUAUGUUUGUUUAUCAUGUUUCAUAUAUUUAGGAGUUUAAAAGGUUUUUUUUCCCACACAAGACCUAAAUAAUAAAUGUUGACAGGUAAGAAAAUGGCACAAAAAGAAAAUGUUGUACAAUCCAGCUUGCAUACAUAUUUUCAGACAGAUAUGCUGAAAUGAUGGAAUUGUCAGUGGAGUGCAAACAGCAAUAUCAACAAAACCUCUCCUCCUGCUUAAUAUGUUUAAACCACAAAUUGGCAACCAAAUGUUGUACCACAUAUAUCAUAAUUCUCUACCACCUAACUUCGGUAGUCCAAUAACAGUAGAAGGGCCAAGGUUGAACACUAUUCUUCUAAACAUGCAGUUCAUUACAGCUCUGUAUUUGAAAAUAAAAAAAAACGAAGAGCCUUCUUUCAAUCAUAUUCAUAAAACUAAUCUUCUCAAUAAAAAUUACACAGAAUUUUAGAAAACUCUUAAUCAAUAAAGGCCUUGUUGUCUGCUUUUCAUUUGUAUGUAUCACCCUGUUUGAGCUCAGGAAAUGAAUCUAGAACACUUCACUGUUAAAUUAGAAAUUGUAUUUGACAGGUGUUUGCGUGUGUAUCCAAUGGUGCUAAACUUUACUGUAAUGCCAUGUGUGGAUUUAUGAAUUACUAAAACAUGGUGUGACAACAUAUGGUCCAGUACAAACAAUAAAUCAAAUGGUGCUUUUUUUUCCUAAUAAAAAAAAUAUUGCUUACUAUUUAAUGUGCUUUGUUACUUAUCAUUUGCUCUCUUUAUUUAAAGGAACACUAUAGGUUCCGGAACACAAACAUGUAUUCCCGACCCUAUAGUGUUUUAUCUCACCUUAUUU